AUGUCCGACUCCGGCGAGGAGGAGGUUCGCCUGCUGUGUGGGGCGGAAGUUGAGUCAGAGGACGAUGAGGAGCUGGUGCUAGAGGGACGAUACAGAGAUGGGAUGCUGACCGAGUAUGUGAACGGCAGGGGUGAUACAGUGAAUUGCAUCAACUCCAUCAAGGUUUACACGGCCAUGAGCACGCACAAUUUGUGGAAGGUCGAUGACCAGCUGGAGGAGUUUCACGUCUCCUUUGUUUUGAGGUUGAAGUGGAAGGAUCCGAACUUGAAGUAUUUCAGAGCCAAGCUCACUCUGCAGACGCCGGCGCCACAUCAACCUGUGCAGGUUCAUUCCGAUGUACGAGAACUGGAAGUCAUCGUUAUCCGGAAACAUCUGAACGGGGACUUAGAGUACAUCGAGGUAGGUCAGGGCGACUUCUACCACACGAUCCGGUAUGAGGACUACAUGUCCCUGAGUGCUCCAGACUGGCAGCACUACUUCUUCCCGAAGCACAGCUUUACGAACAUGCGGCCGGAAGAGAAGCUGGUCUUCGAACAAAAGGAAAUCCUGUGGUCUGAUGAGACGGGCGGGUUCGUAGAAUACAAAGUGAAGUAUGAUGCGAGAUUUUCAGAGACCUUGGAACUUCGAAGCUUCCCGCUUGACCGGCAAAUCUGCAGGAUCAAGUGCUCGGCCGAACUUCCGGCGGAAAAGUUCCAGUUCGUCCCAGAAGCCGGCAGCUCAUGGGAAGGAAUCACCACAUGCGACAUGUGGUGCCCGGGAAGCGAUCUGCCAAGCGGGAAGAAGGUGAGCUUGCUCUACGUUCGCUACUGCGACAAGCACUAUGCAUACCCUAUACAAAGAUCCUGUGCCACCAUUCUGAUCCAUUUGGACCGUGAUGGAUCCUACUACUUCCAUAGUGUGCUGCUCAUGGUCUUCAUGGUGAACCUCGUCAGCCUGUGCGGCUUGCGCAUCUCGCUGAGCCACCUAAGCGGCCGCCUGGGCCACCUCAUCACUUGCUUCCUGGCUGUUUUGGCGUAUCGCUACGUCAUCGACGAUAAGCUUCCACAAAAGCAGUACAUGACUGCGGCCGACUGGUACAUACUCUCAGCUUGUGUCUUUCUUGUGCUGCUCUGCAUUGAGACAGUCGUUCUGUCGGCUUGCGGCAGGGAGGGCGUCCUGACUUGGUGCAAGACCUCGGAUCAAGACAUGUUGGAUCGAUAUACCGGUUUCGGUGCGGCAGCGGCAUGGAUCCUGGGCAAUGCCAUGCUAUACUUUUUGUGGAAAUGCGGGUGUCGGUCGAGCUGGAGCAGCGUCUAUGCCGAUAACGAAGAACCGUAUUUCCGUGUCUGCGAAUGCCCAGAAUGUAAGCAUCGUUGGCUCCGCAAGCAGUUUGGAAACAACGAUGGGAAGUGCAAGGAACCAGCACACGCGCAUGUCACCCCGCGAUUGCUUUACCACACGCCUCUAGACCACGAUCCGGUGGUGCAGCCACAGCAGAAAGGUUUCCCAGGCUGCCGCAUGCUCGGGCACCUUCGCUUACCGAAGGAGGCACCUGGACCGCUAGAUCCGGGUCUUGCGCAGGCCUUGGCCAAAGCUGCCGGGCCUGGGGAGGACUUGACAAGGCUCUCGGAGUGUCUUUGCACGGGCCAGUCCAAGCGGCCAAAUUUAUCUCAGCGGACCAGGCCGAAGGCCAAAGCUCCGAUGCCGAGUGAGGUUGGCCUUGAGCUGGAGAGGGUGUCCGUAGAGACCUUCUGCGACUUCAUCGUUUGCCUUCGAGGCAAUUCCAUCACCGAGGAGGAACUGCAGGGCAUCUUGCGGGAAGUUCCCAUCGAUAGCGAGGGCCUGCUGAGCUGCCGGAAGCUCCUCCGGUGCCUUCAGCGCCGGACAAGCGAUCGCGGGCCCGCGGGCCUCCUGAGCCGGGCCUUCGCGCGCUGCUUCCCGGGUCGCCCCAGCGAGCCGACAGAGGGAGUCGAAACAGACCAAGUCCGCGAGGGAAUCCCCGGGCUUCGAGGCAAUGCUGUCACCGAGCAGGCACUGCAGGACUCUCUGCCAGAAGUUCCUGGUGAUCGCGAGGGCCAGAGCCGCCAGAGCCCGGGGAGCUUCCGGGAGCUCGAGGGCUCCUUGCCGGAUCGCGUGAAUCAGGAGCCGCCGGAUGAUGGCGAGAAGCCGGAGGAGAUCGGCAAGCUUCGGAGAGGCUCAUGCGACCACUCGGAUCCAGGCACCGCCAAAGCAGUGCAGGGGAAGGAGUACGACCUGGCCGACAAGAACCAGCUUGCGGCUUUCCUCGAAGAUGCGGACAUUCAGCUGGGUUGCCAGGAUGGCCCGGGCAUGCGGAGGAUCUCCAAGGAUGCCCUCCACGUCAUCGUCAGGAACCUCAAAGGCGACCGUUUCACCGUGGACAUGCUCCAGGGCAUCCUGCAAGAGGUUGAUCCCGAUGGCGAGGGGCUGCUGAGCUGCGAGGAGUUGGCACGCUGCCUCCGCCGCCCGGCUCCGGCUCCAGAGACGCAAGAGUCCAAGCGCUUCGACCUGGCGCAGAAGCAGGGGCUCGCGGACUUCCUGAAAGAAGCGGACAUCCGCUUGGUGCGAGCCGACUUCAUUUUGAAGCUGCACCGGGAAGGACAGCGGCUCCCGCGCCGCCAGGAAGCGGAGUUUGGCUACGUCGAAACCCGCACGGCACUUGUCACGCACGAGGAGGUCCAAGCCUGGGCCGAUGGCAAGGCGCCUGAAGGCACCCAGAUAGUCUCGCUGUCCCACUGCUGGGAGUCGAGGGAACACUGUGAUCCGUACGGAUUCCAAGUUGCCAAGCUAGCCAAGACUCUUACGGGAAAGGAAUGGCUGUUCAUCGAUUAUGUAUCCUUGUAUCAGUUCCAGCGACUCUCCCAGAAGCAGAAUGUCAGCUUCGGGCGUGCGAUGCAGCACAUGCACGUGCUGUACUGCCAUGAGAAAUCAAGUACGCUCCGAAUCGAGUCUCUGACACCGGCAGCAGACAUCGCAGAAGCCGAGCGAAAGCAAGAAUGCGUGAUGAUGUAUCACCACCCCACCGGCCUGGUGAAACCAGUGCCGGUCACUGCAUUGGUCAAGAAUAAUACCCCUUAUAGUGAGCGGGGCUGGUGUGCAGCGGAGAGGGAGUGGUCAAGUACUCGAACAGCCACCAACCUGUCGCGCGAAGUAGAUGCGGCGGAAGGCGAGAAGGGGGGAAUCGCCCCGAUGGUGCCGGAGGCAUUUCGAGAGAACGUAGCACACCAGCUCAAAUUCACGCAUUUGAAGGAUGUAGAGACCGUCUGCAGAUUGCAAGCGGAAGUGUACAAAGAGAAGGCAGAGAUGUGCAAGAGCUUGCGGCUCGUAGAUUUGGGCGCGGAAGCCCUCGGCAUCGCCCUGUCGGGCCUCGAGCGCUACCCGGUGCUGGAGAGCCUGGAGAUCGUCCACUGUGAGCUCAGCCCCAAGCUCCUGCUACUGCUGAAGGAGAAGCAGCUUCCACAGCUCCACCUGCAGCACAACGAGCUCUUGGAGGAGGGCACCCGCCAGGUCGUUGAGGCCUUGGCUGUGCAGCUUGCGGCACUCAGCCUCAGCCACGACCGCAUCGGCGUCGCUGGUGUCAAUGCUUUGGCUGAGGCUCUGCGGACGUCGAAAGCUCUGAUCGAGCUGAACCUGAGCCACGUGUGCCUGGACGGCGAUGGGGUCAGCGCUCUCGUAGAGGCAAUCACGCAGAAUCGCACGCUCAAGCGGCUGAGCAUUGCGGGAGCCAACCUUGAAAUUGCGGAGGAAUGCGCUUUGGCCCUUCUUGAGGCGCUCCGAGUGAGCGGGGUCGAAGCCCAGCUCCAGCUCGAUCUGACGGACAGCGAUUCGGGCAAGGCCGCCGUGGCAUUAGCCAGGGCCCUCCGGACCGGCCAGGUGAAGGGCACCGUCACCCACCCAGCCACGGAGUUCCUGUGCAUGUUGGAGGACAAAGAAUUCAAAGAGCUCGAGGAAGCGCCGCAGAAGCUGAAGCUCGAUCUCAACGGCAACGGCUACAGAGGGCGACCCGAGAGUUUCCGGCGGCUCUUCGGACCGCUCUGCAGGGCCCUGCCGAAGCUCCCGGAGCCGCUCUGGGAGCUGGAGCUCUGGCUCUACCGCAACGGCGACGCCUUCGGUGCUGACGGGGCCCGGGCCCUGGCCGCAGGCCUCUGGCACCAAAAGGAGCUGCAGGUGCUGAGGUUGUGGCUGAGUAACAACUCCCUGGGCGACCAGGGCACAGAGGCCUUGGCCUCCGCCCUCCGCGAGCUGACGGAGCUGAAGACACUCGUGUUGAGCCUGAUUGAGAACAACAUCGGCGAUGCCGGCGCCACCUCAGUGGUGGAGAGCCUCUGGGAGCUGCAGCAGCUCACAAACCUCAAAGUUUUUCUGCGUGACAACAAGCUCAGCGAGGAGGUGCAGCAGAAGCUCCGGGCCGCCUUCGACGCCCUCCCGGCGGCCGAGAAGGAGAUCGAGCUUUAA